UAAGGCGGAAGCCAAAAGGAGUCCGUCGGCGACCGGACCGAGCAAAGCUCCGUCUUUUCUCUCUCCCACGCCCACCAGCGAUCCCAUCUCGCCGCCCGCCCACCGCCGAUCCCAUCUGCCGCCGCCCGCGUGGAAAACCGCCGCCGCGGAGGACCCGGAGGCAUGAGGAAGUCCAAGGCGGCUGCGGCGGCGGCGAAGCAGCCGCACCACGCGGCGCAGAACGGCCACGCCCUCCCCUCCAGGCUCGUCCGGUACCUCGACCCCGACGCGUCCUUGGACAAGGACCAGCUGCUGGACGCGGUGCACUGGAUCCGGCAGGCGGUGGGGCUCACCUGCGGCUUGCUCUGGGGCGCCGUCCCCCUCGUCGGCGCCUUCUGGAUCGCCCUAUUCUUUACAAUUUCCACCGUCAUAGUUCAUUUGUACUAUGCGCAUUUGCUGAAGAUUGAUGAGGAAGACUUUGGAGGCCAUGCCGCCCUACUAAAGGAGGGGCUCUUUGCUUCGUUCACCCUUUUCCUUCUUUCAUGGACUCUUGUAUACAGCUUGGCUCACUUCUGAGAAGCCCGUCUGCAGAAAUACCAUGUUGGAUUUUCGUUGUUCAUUUCAUUCACUCUUUUGUACAAUUAGCUAUCAUGGAUGUAAUGUCAUAGUACUGUAGAACAGCGUCAUCGAGCUAUAACUGUAAUUCGUAUAGAAUGCCUUCCACUUGUUGGGUCCAUUCGGUCAAGCUCAAAGUAGUACUGUCUCCAUCAUUGUUCCAUGUAAAUGGUAAGGCUCGCCAAUUUGAAUC